AUGUCUUCCAACGCCGACUACGCGGCCGUGCUCCCCCUUAGGACCGUCUAUUUCGACAUGCUCGUCAUCGAAUCCCUGUUCUAUGGGGUCUAUGUCGCUCUGUUCCUGGUCACCGCUUACACCAUCUUUUCCCGGCAUCAAAUACACUUCAACGUCAUCGGUCUUCACAUCGCGAUUCUUCUCCUGUUCAUCUUUUCGACAAUUCACCUGGCUACCAAAUGGACCAUCGUUAGAAACGCUUAUGUGUUCAAUGGGGAUACGCCUCUGACUACGGUCGACUACCUCUCUGCGCCACCAUUUUCGAUUGAAAUUCUCGAAUCGACUGUUUUCUCAACCAGCACAUUCAUUGCUGAUUCUAUUUUGGUCUGGAGAACCUGGAUUAUUUGGGGUCGCGAUGCGCGGGUCGCCGCAAUUCCCGCGCUCGCUACAAUUGCCGGAGCGAUCUUGGGCUACCUCAGCAUCGCACAGGAGGGCCGUUUCCUCCUCAACAAACCAAUCAAAUCUGAUGCCUAUGUUGAAUUCUCGACCCCGUACUUCUACCUCUCUCUUGGCACCACUGUCUUGUGCACCGUCCUCAUCAUCCUGCGUAUCGUUCUCAUGUCGCGUGGCGCUAAAGGACGUUUGCGGAGUUACCGUUCGGCCAUCGAGAUGAUCGUCGAGUCGGCUGCGUUAUAUUCUAUUACCCUCAUCGGAUUUAUCGCCACCGGCAUGCUUAACAUUCAAGAUGGAUACCCACAGGCGAUGUUGGGACCGAUGACGGGAAUCGCACCAACUCUCAUUGUCUGUCGUGUUGCUCUCGGUCUUUCCCGCCCAGAUCCGACAUGGCACACGAGGACCAACGCAACUGCAGUCCGGUUCAACAGAUCCGAAGCAUCCGACCACACAGGCCGAAGCGACACGGUCUUUACCCUUUCGACCCUCGAACCAACCGCCGAGGGAAAAGUGUAA